UUCCCUUCUUUCAUUCUCGUCCGCAUCCCCCUCUGUCAACCCUGCUCACCACGCGCCUCGCCCCGCCAUGUCAUCACGGCGACGACGUGAGGCCAGCGGCACCAACGCCCUCAACGCCAAUGGGGGCAGCAGCACCGGCGGCGGCCCAGGCUCGGGCACAGGCGCAGGCUCCUCGUCCUCCUCGUACCUGCAACCCUUUUCAACGGCCGUCUCCCAAUCCCUCUCCUCCACGCACGCCAGCUCCGGCUCCCAAUACGAGUCGACGCGCCUCCUAGCCGAUCUGGCUCCGCACAUCAUGAAGCCCCGCAUCCUAGCAGCGGCAACAAACGCCUCCUCCCACGUCACAUCCGCCGUCUCGUCCAACGCCCUCGUGGGCUUCCUACCCAUCCCGCUCAGCUUCAAGGGUCAGGGCUUCUCCCUCGUACAGCCGGCACGCAAUCUCGUACGAAUAGGCAACGCGAUACGACACGGGCCGGUGACGAGUAACGAUCUGCUGGCGUUGGAGAGUAGUCACCAGAUUUUGGCCGAUGCAGCGUUGAGUAUGACGGCUGGGUAUGCCGACGAGGAGGAGCACGUUGCACUGCGAGCCAUCGAGGGGAAAAAGGGCGAGCCGUCGUCGCCUUCUCAGAUCUCACUGCUGCGCGGUUUCGAGGCUACGAUCCCCUCUGCCACGCUGGGAAGGGAGCGUCGGCGCAAGGAGCGGGCGAGGGAAGGUCCGCGUAUGGGACUCAAGACGAUGGGCGAUCGAGCGCGUGGCCUGCUCACCGAUGUAGGCGACGAUUCUCUCGACGACGCCUCGUCCGCCAACGCAGCCUUCGUGGACCGCGAGAAGCGCAAAGAGCAACGAAGCCAGCUACGCGCGAAGCACAAGGACGUCCCGCUGAAAGAGGGGGAUCUACUGCGCCAGGAGAGCGAAGUGAAGCGCGAGAAGGAAGAUAUCGAUAUUCGGCGCCGACUCCUGCAAAAGGAAAUUGCGACCGUGGACGUCAAGAUUGCGGAGCUGCAGGCAGUCAAGGACGGACUGACGGGCAACCUGCUGGGGUUGAAGGAGGAGGAGCUCGAGUUAGACGACGAAGCGAGUGGGAUUGCAGAAAUGCUCAGCUUGCAACGCCAUCGUCAGGGCAUGCCUGGUGCGGCGGGCAAGGUGGCUGCAGCAGCGCACAAGCAGCAGCGCGUCGUCACCACCCCGGCCAGCAGCAGCGAUUCGACUCUUAGCUCGCGGCGUCGCAAGGGCCCCAUGUUCCUGCCCAGCGAGCACGAUGAGCUCCCUUCUGGCGUGGCAUUCAUGACCCUUGCGGGCCACACGGCACCCAUCUCCUCGCUCGACUUUUCAGAACCGUACGGCGCUCUGGUCACUGCGGGCGGCGAAGGGGAUGCAACGGUGCGCGUGUGGGACCUCUCUUCUGGCACCCAGGUGGGACUCCUCCGCCACGAUGCGGUGGUCAAGGCGUUGCAAGUCGAGGACGAGCUGUGCGUUACGGGCGGUGCUGAUGCGAAGAUUAAGAUUUGGGAUCUGAGGAAGGUCGAGGACUGGGAGACGCGCCUCGAGAUGAAGGCGAAUGGGGAGUGGAGCGACGAGCCGCAAGUGAGCCGUGACGACGGUGAGCGAGGUGGUGACCGUGAGGGCACACGAUCCCGCGAAUCCUCGACGACGACGGCGGCGGCAGACUCGGAGCGAGACCCGCGCCUCUCAGCGCUCGAGGGACAUAGCAAAGAGGUGACGGCGCUGUACUUUGAUGAGACAUGCCUCGUCUCGGGCGCAAACGACAAGACGUUGCGUCAGUGGGACCUCAAUACGGGGCAAUGCGUAUUGACGAUGGACAUCCUGUGGGCCAUCAGCAAUCCCUCCGCCUCACAAGCCCUCGGCGAGUACUCCCCGCCUGCCGCGCCCGCUUCGCCCGACUUGCCCAGCUUCUCCUCGACGGACUCCUUCGGCACACCGUCGCGACGUCAUGGCGGUGGUGGCGGCGGGAGCAACAUGGCGCGCAGUGCCGUCUCGGACUGGUCUGGCAACUUCUCCUUCCCCACCCCAGCAGCAGCCGACGGUAGCUGGGAGCUCUAUACCGACUUUGUAGGCAGCUCAGCCAUUCAAUUCUGGGGGUACGCCCUCGCCUCGGGGUCCGCCGACGGUGCGGUGCGCAUGUGGGAUAUGCGAACUGGUCAAUCCCACCGCACCUUGCUAGGCCACACCGCCCCCGUUACGUGCCUUCAGUUCGACGAGACGCACGUCAUUUCGGGGAGUCUGGACAAGAGUGUGAGGAUAUGGGAUCUGAGGACGGGGGGGAUCAGCGAGACGAUCAAGUACGAGCAUGGGGUUACGGCUUUGCAGUUCGACUCGAGGAAGAUCGUGGCCGCCACGGGCGAGAAUGGCGUUGAUAUCUACAAUCGCACGACGCUGCAACACUCGACGCUCAAUGUCAAUGGCCACAUGAAGCCCGUGGAGCGGCUGCGCUACAUGGACCGGUAUGCUGUCAGUGGGGGCAAGGACGCCGUCGUGAAGGUAUGGGCGCUGUAGAUCGCGCGUGCAAUGCAAUGCAAUCGCGCAAUCACGGGAGAGUAGCAGGUGAAUGUCUCGAGCCUCAUUCGAUUGAACGCAGAGCUCGCUCCAGGCUGGCAGGCAGCGUCUCGUCUCCGCCCCUCACACCCCACGAGACGGCGUAGCAACCCAGGAGCAUCUGAAGCUCUUCCACCUCGUCCAAGCCUUCGAUGCGGUUGAUCCUGUUGCGCAGAGUGGGGGAGAGGGACGACGAGUAGAUGCGUGCGAGGGAGAGGGAGGAGGCGCGGCGCGGCGUUUGCGUAAUGGCAGGGAGGGAGAGGCCAGCCUGGAGUCGCUCGACGUGCGAGCUUGUUGUGCGAUACUGUCGAGCGCCGGAGAGGGAGAGACCGCGUGUCU